GAGUCUACCGCUGGAGAUACUCUUGAACAGUAGCUGCCUUGGCGAGCUUGUCGCCGGCACUGGCAAUGGCGCAAGGGAGAUGGCGUUCGAGGACCGAACGAGACGGAAAAAUUGAUUGCGAUGAGCACCAGAACUUGAUCGAUGAAGGUGGGUUAGCUGCGGGCUAAUAACUUCAUUAGCAUACGAUUCUAGCUGUGAGAUUUUUUAGUCUCUGGGUUGACUAGUUGGGAGAUAAACCCUAGUGACUGGGAGUCUAAGCAGGCACGAGAAGAGAAGAUGCGUUACAUCGUGGGCGCUCGUUACAAAUGUGAGGGCUAGGCGAUCGGACUUUGCACAUGGAUUGAAUCGCAAGUGGAAGAGUAUUUGCAGGAGCGAACACGAUUCUGUCGUUGGGUGUGGGAGUUCAAUGGGUUCUUGGUCGCGGCCUUGUGCUGCGAUUUCGGAUCUUCCGUUGCUGCUGGAAACAUAGCGAUUGAGCUGGGGUGUUGCGAGUAUUGAGGGAUUGAACCAGGAGAUCCGGAUGAAAGAAAGUUUUUGCAUCGUGGUCAAUUGGGAGGAACGCUAUGGCUUCAAAACUUGAGGUGCGUGUUGAGGGACGGGAUUCUGACAGUAAUGGUUACGAGACGAUAUGUUGGGGCUGCAAGCUGCAAUUAACACUGCCGUGUUAUUCUCCCAUAUUCAAGUGUGGAUACUGCGGUGCGGUUACUGUCCACGAGACAUUUCCUAAGCCUCGGUCACGUUGGAGUCUUCCACCAGGAUGCAUCUCUCUCUUGGACCAUUUCUUGGUCACUUUUGUCUUCCUCCUCGUGCUCCUCAUCAUUGGUGGGGGUGUAUGGACUACCUUUCCUAUUUUGUUCCCAAGUGUUUCAGUUGGUUUCUUUUUUCAUUCGACCAUCACUGCCCUUCUUGCAUUUUACACACUUUUCAACUACAUGUUGGCGGCCUUCAUUCCAGCAGGGCCUCCGCCUCCAGUUGAAUGGGGCCAGGUCGAAGUGGUCGAUCGAGGUCGAUUAGAGAAUUACAGGUUUUGUGAUCAUUGUCAGAAACCCAAGCAUCCUGCUGCUCAUCACUGUCGCACUUGCAGAGCGUGCGUCAUGGAAAUGGAUCAUCACUGCCCUUUUAUUGGAAAUUGCGUGGGUGCAAACAAUCAUAGAUACUUUAUUCUCUUUCUUGUGCUCACAAUGGUCAGCUGCCUUUAUGUACUUGCUAUGGCUGUUUACACAUACAGUCACUCAACCAUGUCUUUGACAAAGACUCUGCAUGAGCCAUCUGAACCUGGAGCGUUAGGCUCCAGGUUGGAUCAUCUGGUCAAUAUGUGGAGUUCCUUACUCCUAGACAAUGAAAUGGAAGUUACCAUCCGGUAUGUCGGGUUGCUGUACUUAUGUAUAAUAAGCCUUGCACUGCUUGUUGCAGUUGGCCUCUUGCUCUAUCAGCAGUUGGCGCUUAUAUACCAAGGUCAGACUUACCUAGACUCCCUCUCUGCUGCGAAUGACGGCAAUCCUGGAUCAGGGAAGGAAGGCUGGGCAAAUCUUCAGCGAUUCUUUGGUCAAAGACGUGGACGCUCUCCUUACCUGGGAUCGUUCCGUUGGAACAAGUUAAAACAUACAGCCUGGAAGCUCACGUCGGUGGCUUUUCUCGUGGCGAUUUUCGUGACAUGCCGGAAUGUGCAGACUCUCGGGGCAUAAACGGUGAAAGGAUAUUGUUGUGGUACCUCUCAAACUUCAAAAGCCGAUCAGUACUCGGCUCCACUAGCAAUGGAAUAUGAGCUGGUAUUGCAUCACUUCAAUAUUCUCAAACCUUCUGCGCACUUCGCCUCUAAGGGUUCCUGGAGGAGGCAUCGAAUAGAACACACGGUCAGUGUACCCACAAGAGUGAAUCCGAAUUAGUCACGUCGGAGAAGCUACUCAUUGAGAAUUACACACCUUGACAGGUUCGAGAAUUCCUACAGUAAUGCUCAAUAGCAUCGCUCAAGACGAUAUCAACUUCUUGUGAAAAGGUCAAGAAUCUUCUUGUAAUGUGCACUUGACAGUAGAAAAGUCCGAAAUCUAGCCACGAAAGAAUCUUACAUGCAUUGAGCUCCAGAUCCCUACGAACCGUAAAUUUUUUAUGUGCAUUGGGUGGUAUAGUGUUCAGAGAAUUGGCUUUAUUCGCUUGCCACAAAAGCUGUGGGAAGCUCUACAUUGUCUAAAUUAUCAUGUACCCAAUUCUGGAUUGCCUAUUGGAAUUGUGAUCAGAAACAGCUUUCUUGGUCGUA